UAUUUGUCACGUGGGCCUGGAAGGCCCGAUAGCUUGCGUGGUUUUCUUCUCUGAAAUUCCCUUUCAUGUAAAACCUACCACAAUUUUCGCCAUUGCAGAUUGGAGCUUUAGCUGUUGUGCCAACUCUAUAGACAAUUAUAAUUGAGGAAGGUUAUAUACACCAUGGUCAAUGCCACCAAAGGAGUCUUCAUUUCCUGUGACAUUCCCAUGGCACAAUAUAUCAUCAAUAUGAAUGCUUCAUUUCCUGCAUCUGAUAAGUUCAUAAUACAUGUCUUGGAUAGCACCCACAUGUUUGUCCAACCUCAUGUUGAGGGAAUGAUACGGAGUCAAAUCGCCAAGUUUAGAGAGGACAACACAUAUGUCAAACCUAAUUGAUUAUGCAUAGCUUUUAUGGCCUUCUCAAUUUCUAUCUCCCAGCAACGGUUGCAGUGCUAUGUAAGAGCAUUUAGUGUUCUUUAUAUUUUUUUUUAUAGUACGCAGGGAAAAACGAUAUGUAAUAAGUAUAAUUUUCCCUUUCUAAAAGUAAUUCUGUUGCUCCCUC